GUACAACAUAAGAUAACACAUUAACAUUGCACCAUACUGUACAUAUACAGCAAAAUUUGAGCUAACAUUUUUGGUGAAUAAAAAUUUCAAUUGAGACGUUCAAUCAUGGGAGACAAUAGAGAAGAUCCAAAGACUUUAGAAAAUGGUAAUUUGGAUAUGAAAAAUGUGAACGUAAAACUUGAUGACUUGAAUGGUGAAAUCCCAGUAAAACCUGGGCUCCCAUCUGUAGAUAUUUCAACGAUUGAUCAACAGCUGAAAGAUGAUGUUAAAGACACUGAAUCCAAUCCUCCUGUUGAUGAAUCUGGUGCUGAGGAGAAUCAUUUCACAAAAGGCGCAAUGUAUUUAAACAUGGCUAUCCUAUCGAUAGGAAUGAUGUGUACCUUCAUACCGUUCAUGGCUCUCCAGAACCUCCAGAGCACAUUGAAUAGCCACCAGGGGGGAAUAGGACGUGUCGUUCUGAGUGUUGGAUAUUUCUGUACAAUAUUUUCAACAGCCCUAGCACCAUUACAGAUUCGUAUUUUGGGCAAUAAAGGAGUACUAGUCGCCAGUGCAUUUGGAACAAUGUUAUACACAGCAUCCAAUUUCUUCCCAUAUUACUAUGUUAUGAUCCCCGUCAUACUGUUAACAGGCUUCCUGGGAGCUGGGGGCUUCCUAAUCAAAGAUAUCUAUGCAACUACAUUUGCCACUAGACUGCAAAGGGACACUGGCAAAGAAAACGUUCAUAUGGCCUCAAGCUUUCAGUCAAUCGUCUUCUUCUUCAUCUCAUCAGGAAAGAUAAUUGGGGAUUUCAUCUCAUCAGGCGUUUUAGGCAUACAGCCUGCUGACACAACGCUUAGGAACAGCACUAUUGACAGAAAAUGUGGCGCAAGAUUUUGUCCUCUGGACCAGAAUCUCACAAGUGAUCCCCGGAAUAGACCGCCAUUAGAACGGAUCCACCUGUUGCUGAUCAUAUUCUUAUGUAUCUCAGCAGUAGGCUGUAUCUCUGUGUUCCUGUUCCUGAAACCACUCUUCAAAAAACCACCCGAGCAAGAUAAUGUCACUUGUAAAGAUGUUGUAAUGAAACUGACUUCUGUAAUACGAAUGCUUAAAGACUAUAAGUAUGUGAUGUUCAUGCCAAUAUUUCUCUUUUGGGGCUUCAAAAAUGCUCUAAUCUACGGCGAUUUCACACAGUCUAUCGUUAGCUGUGAGCUGGGUGUCGGAUGGGUUGGCUAUACUAUGUUAACAGUGGGUGUCUCAAAUUGUGUGUUAGUUUUACCAGUUGGCAUUCUUGCCAAAUAUGUCCCAAGACCAUUCCUAAUGGGGAUAGCAUUUACAAUCUAUAUGGCAUGUUACUUGACCAUGUUGCUAUGGAAACCAUCAGCCAAUCAGCUUGCAGUAUUCUUCAUUAUCCCAUUUUCAUGGGGCUGUGCAGAUUCCAUCAUGCAGACUCAGCUAACACCAAUGGUGGGUCAGCUUUUCAACAAUAAUAUGGCAGCAUUUGCUGGCAUCCCUUUGUUUUUGGGUAUAGGAGGUGGAGUCUCCUUUGCCAUAAGUGCAGCAUUAUGCAUGGGGACAAAGGUGUACAUCAAUAUAGGAGUGUUGAUUUUGGCUAUAGUGUGUUACUCAUCUGCAGAGAUACUGGCAACAUGUGCAUUCAGUCAGUCCGUCAACCUGGACCAUAACACAGAAUCUAAUGACAAGGACCAUAAAGGACUGCAGAGGAAGGAAUCUUUCCAAUAUUUAAACUUGGCAUACAUUGACACCUAGACUUGGCAGACAAUGAGAGCCACUUAAACCUGGCACAUUCUCAAAUACUUUAACUCAGUGGCAUAAACUGAAUUGUGACACUUGGUCUUGGCAUAUCAUGCAACUGAAACAUGGCAUAUCCUAACAUAUAAAUUAUAAAAAGAAUUUAGUAAUGAAUGAAUGAAAAUAAUAAAAA